AAAAAUAUUUUGUACCGAAAUGGAGGCUAAAAUAUUUUCACUUCUCUUGUUGGUUACUUUAGUUUAUGGACAAGACUCAACGGAAUCCGAUUCAAGCAAUGCCUCCAGCAGCGAAGAAGAUAUUUACGUACCUAUAUCCUUGCGACACCCAGGACUUGGAUUGCAUGCGGCAGUACUUCUCCAAGUCUUUACUCUGUACCAACUCAAGUCAUGAUGAUGGAAGCCCUAUCCAGGAGGACAGACUGGCCGCUUAUAUUCCAAGGAUAAAUAUGACCAUUCUUACUAAUGGGACUGUGGUAACUUUUUAUGGAUCUCAAAUAACGAGGUUCCGUGAAGACAGGAGCAGCUACAAUCUUGUAAUCACAAUAAAGUAUGAUAGCAUUAAUAUCAAAUCAGAAACUGCUAAUUACGUCAUCAACCAACAAGAGCGCGAAUCUUUGGUGGUUACUGAUUCAUUCAACUUAACUUAUUCUGGAGAACUUUCUGGGACAGUUAUACAAGGUGGAUGGACAUACAUAUCAUUUGUUGAAGUCAAUACUGAUGUAUUGACUGACUCUUCAAUUGAAGUAGGGUCAAGCAUUUCCAACAGUUCAAAUGAGGUCAUAUCGCAAACGUAUGAGGAACUUGAAGCCGAUUUACCGACGGCUAUGAUGGAACUACUUUUCACCAUAGCUCCGUACUCUUUCUACGUUUACUUCCAAAAGUACAUUUGUGACUAUGCCUAUGAAUACACUGGAGCGGAAACCCAGCGUUGGACGUCGUAUUACUUUCCAUCUUCACCUGGACAGAAAUAAGAGAACGAAAACUUUAUCAUUUAACUUGCCAUAUAACCUACCG